AUGGACAGAGAUGUCAAUGGGUCAGACUCGGAUCGGAAAAAAGUGAAGAAGUUAAUUAAUGAGAAGAAAGUGAAGGAUUAUUGGAUGGUUUUUAGCUUAUUUGACAUGAAUGGUGAUGGGCGUCUAACAACGUGUGAUUUUGAAACAUUGAUGCUGCUGACAUGCUCGACAAGAAGAGAAGAAUGUUUGUUAAUGGAGUACAAUUUAAGAAGUAGCAAGUUUGUUUUCAGCUUGGUUGAUAUGGAUUAUGAUGGAAUUAUCACAGAAACUGAUUAUUAUUUGUUAAAGGAGAUAUGGGCGUUACAUCAUUCCCCAUUAGAUGCUCAGGAGGGAUAUGCAGGGGAUAGCCGCCAAGAAGCAUUGAAUUUGCUUGGUUUUCAUUCACGUAACGGAUUAGUGCCUCCUAAAGCCAUCUCCAAUGUUCGCAAGGUCCUUCAAGAAAAACGUUCAAAAGAAGCUGAGGAGGAACGCCUUAAGCAUCAUAUACGUUUAACUUUUGAGAUGAACCGCCUAUUUAGCUUACUUGAUUAUGACGAGAAUGACCACCUUACUACUAAGGAAGUAGAAUUACUUGUAUGUGCUUGCAAGCUCCCUGAAGAUGAAACAAAGAGUAUUUUACAUAAAGUUGAUUUAACUUGGGGUGGGAGAAUCAAUUUUCAAGAUCUACUUGUCUUGUUAAAGCCCUUUACCCUUAACCCAUUUAAGAUCAUUGAGAGCCCAUCUGAACUCUUUAAGUUUCUGGAUAGAAACGAAGAUGGUUUCUUAUCUGCAUCGGAUUUUAAGAGGUUUGCUUUGAUCACUGGACAUCAAGUUUCAGACGAAGACAUUCAAGGAUUGAUGCUUAAACUUGAUAUAGAGGGCAAUGGAGAAGUUGGCAGAGAUCUUUUUUGUGGCGCCAUGCAGGAAUAUGAUUUGAUGCCCAACAACUUGGAGCUGGAUAUGAACAAAAUGUCCAUCUUAAACCAUGAUACUACAAAGGAAGUUGCAGAUUAUCAGACAGAAGAAAUUGAAUUUACAAGCUUUUGGGAAUUGGAUGCAAAGUAG